CAUGCACUGUAGCACGUGCGAAGCUUCACAUGCCCCCAAUAACGACCGGAAAUAGUCCUUGAGUCGUAACACCAAAGGUUUCAUCGUAUUUCGUUCAGCAGAUGUGGGGGAUAUCGACAAGGCACCGACACGAUAACAACAGAGCAAAAUAACAGUAAAAUUCCCGACAUAACCUCAAAAAACUGAGACGUCAGUUAAUCCAAUCAGGCAAAUUGGAUUGAUCAUUGAAAAUGUCCAUUUUUAGGAUUCUCCGGGGGAAUCGACACGCGCGAGGCGUCAAGGACAGAUCGUGGGAGUCUCUGGGGAAGUGUCAGGAGGUGAUUGUCAUCAAGAGAUGUGCCACGACUGCCAAUCCUGAGAAUAAGUUUGGGGGAUUGUGGGGAUUGACUAGGAAAUGGAGAGUGAGCCUGCCUAUUGGGGUGGGAGUGUCUUUAAUUGCUGUGCUACAGUGGAGACAUUUGAGGAAGUAUCCUUAUGCUGUUGAUGGAGAUGUCAUUCAGGGACCCAUAAGUGACUUGAUGGUGGAAUGCUACUGCUGCCUCCCACUGAGGAUCACCAGUCGAGUGUUUGGCUGGUUCGCCAGUGUGGAAUUGCCAAAAGGGUUCAGGCCUUUCGUCUUCAACCUCUACGCAAAAACUUUUCACGCCGAUCUCCACGAAAUUGACGCUGAUCUAACCUCAUUCCCCAGUCUUGUCGAUUUCUUCGUGAGAUCUUUGAAGGAUGAUGCCAGACCUAUUGCUCAGAACACUGAUAUUGUCUCUCCCUCAGAUGGAAAAGUCCUCCACAUCGGCCCCGUCACUUCCUGUCGUGUGGAGCAGGUCAAGGGCAUGACGUACGACCUCAGACACUUCCUCGGUGACACAAAGUCACCCAAACUGGGUGGAAAAAUUAACUUUCAAAAAGAGGAGAACGAUAAUUACGUGAAGUCUCUGUUGAAAAAUCCUGAAAACAAGCUCUACCAGUUGACUGUGUACCUAGCACCUGGGGACUAUCACCGCUUUCACAGUCCCACGGAUUGGAGGAUCGACCUAAGGAGACAUUUCCAAGGAAAAUUACUCAGUGUGAAUCCAAAAAUAGCGAGCUGGCUGCCAGAUUUAUUUUCCCUAAACGAACGAGUGGUUUACCUCGGUGAAUGGUCCGGUGGCUUUAUGGCGUAUGCAGCUGUAGGUGCCACCAAUGUGGGGUCGAUAAAGGUCUACUGUGAUAAGACACUGGCAACGAAUAAACGAAAGUGGCCGAAAGGGAAGGCCUCAGAGGAUGCCAGUCUUGAUUGUGUGAAUGUCAAGAAGGGAGAGCUCUUCGGGGAGUUCAGAAUGGGCUCCACCGUAGUGCUACUCUUCGAGGCACCAGAGGACUUUCAGUUCUCGGUGGAGGCUGGCCAGGCCAUCAAGGUGGGACAGGGCCUCGCUGAAGGCUUCAUCGAGGCCAGGAGGAAAAAACAGAUCGAUUUGGGUCGUAGUGUUAAUGAGGCUGUCGAACGUAUCAGACCUGUUGGGCAUGUGCAUUGACCAGAAUUGGUAUUUUACAUGAGAUUUUUUUAGUUGGGCAUAUGAAAGAAUAAUGAACAGAUUUUUAAUAAUUACGGAAAGUAAUGACUUGUUUAAAAUCUCGCCUAGUUGAAAGGAUGGAAUAUGAUAGAAGGAGGGGCAGUAUGGGUACACAGUGAAUAAUCAAGUUACGUAAGAGAAAACGGUUUGAGACGGUGAAAUGUGGGUUUGCUGGGUUCUAGGAGUGAAAAAAAAGCAAAUUGAAAAAUAAUUAUCACAGGCCUCACAGGGUAGAACUGUCUGGAGAGGUUCAAAAAAUAAAUGCCCGUCCAUCAAAUUGACACGUUUCAUCCCUUCAAUCCGUUAAUCAACUAUUUGUAAAUAUAUAAAUAAAUUUUAUUACACUGAAGUCUGUAUCAAAUGCUGUAAAUAUAUCUUGUUAAUCUUUA